AUGAGCCUCGUGGGGGAGCUGUACUCGCUCGUGCGCUUCCUUCGGCUCGACCCUCACGCCUUCUACCAGUGCCGCAGCAAGGGUUGCGACUGCAAGAGCCUCAACUACCGGUUCGGUCCGGAAUGGCGGGCCUGCGAAGAGUGCGGGCACACCCCCAUCAUGCACUACGCCAACUUUAACCGGCACAUCCUCAACCCCAUCUCCCGCACGGGCUACGUCGGUGAGGGCAAGAAGGCCUUCCUGCGGCUGAAGCGCGAGGUGCUGGACAUGAUCUUGCUGCGCCGCACCAAGAGCAACAGGUCCAACGACAUCUGCCUGCCUCCGCGCAUCGUCAGGGUUAGGCAGCACCGCCUUGACGAGCGGGAAGAGGUGGGUUCAUGA